ACAGGGGAUUAUAAAACCCUCUCACAAGUCCACUACAUACUUGUCUUUUUCUCGACGCUUUCUCCUUUCAUGGACGCAUCCUUCGGCCACAAGCGAAACUUGGACACCACCACCACACUUGAUACUUCCACAGCCUCUACUCCCACCAAGCGCCGCCACCAAUUACUUCCGUCCUCUGCAACUCCUCCGUCAAAUUCCUUUCGUACACCACCACCACCACCUCCGCCAUUUCUGAAGCUAUCUCCUGAUGAAGCAUUCUUCCGAAUCCUCUGUCCGGCGGACAAGACUGGAGGUGUAAUCGGAAAAGGUGGAGCGAUAAUCCGACAGGUUAGAGAGGAGACCGGUGCUAAGAUUCGCAUUGACGAUUCACUAUCCGGCUGCGAUGAGCGUGUUAUCGUUGUUAUAGCCGAUUCUACGAAGAAAGAUGCUGUUAAUUCUAAUCUUACGCAAACCAGCUCGGAUAGUGGUGGUUUAAAUGUUGAAGAAUUAGCUUAUUCGGCUGUCAAUGAUGAGUCAUCAUCUCAGGCUCAGCGGGCGUUGAUUAGAGUACUUGAGAGAAUUUUGAAAGUGGAUGAGGAGGGGAAUGCGGUUCAAUCGGAAGGAGAAGGGAGGAAGGAUGAAUUUAGCGAUGUGCGGAGUCCACAAGGAGUGGUGGUUUGUAGGCUAUUAGCUCCGAGUAAUCAGGUUGGAAGCGUGCUGGGAAAAGGGGGGAAGAUUAUUGAGAAGAUAAGACAGGAGACUGGAGCUCAAGUUAGGGUUUUGCCUAAAGAUCAGUUGCCUGCUUGUGCAUUACCUGGUGACGAGUUAAUUCAGAUAACUGGAAGCUUUUCAACUGUGAGAAAAGCUCUGUUGUCUGUUUCAAGCUGUCUUCAGGAUAACUCGAAGGCAGAUUUAGUAAAUCCCUCUACCCCCAAAUUUUCAGGUAUGUCACAAAAUGGAACUGGUUAUCACACACCCGAGCAGUUCUCGAGGAGUUCUGGUGUUGAGAGUGCUGGAAUCAACCACAGGAUGGUCUUGGAGGAAGAGGUCGUGUUUAAGGUGUUGUGUCCGGCUGACAAGGUUGGAAAUUUGAUAGGAAAAGGUGGGUCAAUUAUUAGGGUGAUGCAGACUGAAACUGGUGCAUCUGUCAAGGUUGCUGAUUCGGCAUCUGAUUUAGAUGAAAGAAUUGUUGUGAUAUCUGCAAGAGAGAAUCUGGAGCAAAGACAUUCCCCUGCUCAGGAAGCUCUUAUGCGUGUCCAGGGUAGAAUUGCUGAGAUUGGAUUUGAACCUGGAGCUGCAGUUGUAUCAAGGCUUCUGGUACAUGCUCGUCACAUGAGUUGUCUCUUUGGUAAUGGAAGUAUGCUAAUUGCUGAAUUGCGACGAGUCACUGGUGCUAGCAUUCGUAUUUUUCCCAGAGAACAAUCUCCAAAAUACGGUUCCCACACAGAAGAAGUUUUACAGAUUAUUGGGAGCAUGCAGUCUGUACAGGAUGCUUUGUUCCAAAUUACUUGUAGGCUUCGUGAUGCAAUGUUUCCUGUGAAACCACAUGUUUCAACAAUUGUCCCUCCGCAUUUCCCCCCUUACUCUGAAAUUCCAUCCCCAUCAUUCAGGCCAAGGCACGAUCCUGCUUCUCCCAGUUACCACUCACCUGUUGGCUACUCCCAUGAUCGUGCUCCCCAUUUCUAUGGUUAUGAGAGACAAGGGCAUGUUCCAUUCUUUGAUAGACCUCCUUCACCUGGAAGAUGGGGUCCUCAGGCAGUCAAUUCUAGAUAUACAGCUGGAGUGGCUGAUUGUAGCAGUGGCAGUGAGACAGCACCUAAUUUUCCAGGGAUUGUUAGUGAAGUUGUAAUUCCUCAGAUGUUGUUAAAGCAUGUUUUUGGAGAGGAUUCUAGCAACCUUCGUGCUAUAGCAAGGAUUUCAGGUGCUAAGGUAGUAAUUCAUGAUCCUGUAGCUGGUUCUACAGAAGGCACUGCUGUUGUGUCAGGGACACCAGAUCAAGUGCGAGCCGCACAGACCCUUAUUCAUGCCUUCAUCUUCGCUGAGCAGAACAUGUAGAGCUUGUUUCUUACCAUGAUCCUAGAGGAAGAACAUAGUGUAUAUGAGAAAUCUCAAUCAACGGUCUAAAGGGGAAAAAAACAUUAACAAAGUGGAAAGACGGAGAAUGCAGCAGAUAUUCGGGAAGGAAAAAAGUCAGCUAUGGCUGUUUUUUUAAUCAUAUUUUGCAGGCGAAAAUCAUGUAGUAUAUGUAAAUGUUAAAGCAACGAGCACAUGAAUUUGUCAGUUCAUUUGAUUCUUGUAGAAACACAAUCAUGUGGUUCUGUAAGAAAUACAAUGCAGGUGUAUCUUUCUAUUAUUAGUUUCAAAUCCUAAUAAUUUCCGUUUGGCUAGAUAAAUAGGGAGUAAAAUGUGUUAGUCUAUACAUGUUACUAACAUUCUAUUUGGUUGGACAAUCAUAAAAAUACUUAUAUACUCUUCUCAGUUGUUAA